GUCUACGAAUUUUCUUUCUUACUUUUACAACCUCACCGGACUGAAGCACACCAAGCUUCUGCGCAGGACACUGUGCGGCGCAAUCGCCAGCUCUCAUAGCCAUGGCGAGGCUGCUGCAGUUGUCGUUGCUGCUUCUUGCGCUGGCUGUUCUAUUGCUGGCUCAAGGCACUACUACAACUAAUUCAACAAUUUCGACAUCCACAACCACCAUAGCCAGCACAACCAGCACAACCACUCCCUCAACAACCACGACGACUAUUCCUUCUUCCACAACUACCACGACUAUUGCUACCACAACGACUACCACCCCUUCGACGACUACCACCACUAUCGCUACCACCACUACCACGACUCCUUCGACAACUACCACCACUGUUGCUACUACCACCACUACGACUCCUGCCGUCGUCUCAACGACCACGACUGUUCCAACAACCACGACGACCAUUCCUACUACUACCACAAGCCCUACCACCCUGUCUACCACCACAUCCACCUCGUCCGUUGGUUCUUCCACCAUCAGCCCCAUAAGCAGUACAACUUCAAACCCCCUCCCUUCUUCCACCACUACUACCACGAGCGUCACUUCGUCGUCCACGGCUUAUACCCUCCUCUCCACCGCAGCUACCACCACGACCUCUUCUUCCCUUGCGCCGGCAACGACGACCUCUUCCCUGUCUACUACCCCCUCCACGACGAUUCCCACGUCGACUACUGCAGUCACUACCACGACAGCUCCGAGCACGACUUCCACACCAACUUCUUCCGAAUCAUCGUCUGACUCCACCACUUCAUCCGACAAGACUACUAAGACUACUAAGACUACUGCCUCGCCUGUGGUAAUCACCACAAGUAGUUCUUCAGUAUCCUAUUCUACCAGUACCUCGACAGUUACGCAAGUUCUCCAAACGACAUCGAAUGGUGUUGCUGGGUAUACGACCAUUACGAGUGUCGUGGUCGCAUCUGAGCCAGCGACUACAGUUGUGGACGUAGGAACCACCACAAGCACGCCUGGCGCUUCUCCGUCGGUGGCUGGGCAAUCAAACUCUGUCAGCAGCAGUAGCGGAGGCCUCUCGACUGGAGCCAAAGCCGGCAUUGGAGCUGGAGUUGGUGUUGCUGUAGUCGCCGCAGCUAUUUUCGGCGGCUGGUAUUCGUGGUAUAUGAGGCGGCGCAGGAGGCGAGACUCCAUGGCACACGACCACUACGAUCCCCAUACUUCUGUACCAGGAAUGAGCGAGUUCGGGGGGUCUGCAGCAGGACCAGCAACCAUGGGUGCUAUGGCCGCUGUUCCAGCUUAUGCGUCAACUCGUUCCGGUACCCAGUCAGACCCUUCUUCUCGACUGAACCCUCCACCUCGAUCUCCAGAUCGUCUGAUACCGGUUGCGGCAGCGACGCGUUCUGCGGGCCAUUCACAUAACGCAUCCUCGGGUAUGUCUAUCUCUGAUCAGAGCGACUAUUCGGAAAGAGAGGCCCCGAUCGGCCACACAGCCAGCUACCACCAGCAAGCGCCCAUGAGUUCGGCUGCAGCAGGCUACUUCAAUGAGUUGCCUGGUGAUGAGCGUGACGUUCAUCAACUUCCAGACAACCAGGUGCAGCCUCAAUCAUCACAUCAACGCAGCGUUUCUGGCGUAAGUGGAAUGAGCACAGAAGGAUAUUAUGCCAAUCAGCCUUCUGGCCAGCAGUCAUAUGAACUUCCCGGGCAGAAUGCGGGAGGUCAACAACAGACUUCUGGACGCUACGAUCGGGUGCCUUUCCGGCCAGGUCAUUACUCGGCGUCGCAAAACUUUUAGGAGGCUAAGCAGCGUACAUAUAUUCCAAUUUAAUUGUAAUUUAAUUGCAACAACAUUCACCUCGAUUUCUGACCCUCAUC